AUGGGAGGUUUCAGUCCGGGUCUGAGGAGACUGCAGCUGCUCGGACUCACUCUGGUCUGUGUGUUCUGCAGCAGCUCGGACUCACUCUGGUCUGUGUCCUCUGCAGCAGCUCGGACUCACACUGUUCUGUGUCCUCUGCAGCAGCUUGGACUCACUCUGCAGCUCGGACUCACACUGUUCUGUGUCCUCUGCAGCAGCUCGGACUCACACUGUUCUGUGUCCUCUGCAGCAGCUCGGACUCACUCUGGUCUGUGUCCUCUGCAGCAGCUUGGACUCACUCUGGUCUGUGUCCUCUGCAGCAGCUUGGACUCACUCUGGUCUGUGUCUUCUGAAGCAGCUCGGACUCACUCUGGUCUGUGUCUUCUGAAGCAGCUCGGACUCACUCUGGUCUGUGCCCUCUGCAGCAGCUCGGACUCACUCUGUUCUGUGUCCUCUGCAGCAGCUUGGACUCACUCUGGUCUGUGUCCUCUGCAGCAGCUCGGACUCACUCUGGUCUGUGCCCUCUGCAGCAGCUCGGACUCACUCUGGUCUGUGCCCUCUGCAGCAGCUCGGACUCACUCUGGUCUGUGUCCUCUGCAGCAGCUCGGACUCACUCUGGUCUGUGUCCUUUGCAGCAGCUCGGACUCACUCUGGUCUGUGUCCUCUGCAGCAGCUCGGACUCACUCUGGUCUGUGUCCUUUGCAGCAGCUCGGACUCACUCUGGUCUGUGUCCUCUGCAGCAGCUCGGACUCACUCUGGUUUGUGUCCUCUGCAGCAGCUCGGACUCACUCUGGUCUGUGUCCUCUGCAGCAGCUCGGACUCACUCUGGUCUGUGUCCUCUGCAGCAACUUGGACUCACUCUGGUCUGUGUCUUCUGAAGCAGCUCGGACUCACUCUGGUCUGUGUCCUCUGCAGCUGCUCGGACUCACUCUGGUCUGUGCCCUCUGCAGCAGCUCGGACUCACUCUGGUCUGUGUCGUCUGCAGCAGCUCGGACUCACUCUGUUCUGUGUCCUCUGCAGCAGCUUGGACUCACUCUGGUCUGUGUCCUCUGCAGCAGCUCGGACUCACUCUGGUCUGUGCCCUCUGCAGCAGCUCGGACUCACUCUGGUCUGUGCCCUCUGCAGCAGCUCGGACUCACUCUGGUCUGUGUCCUCUGCAGCAGCUCGGACUCACUCUGGUCUGUGUCCUUUGCAGCAGCUCGGACUCACUCUGGUCUGUGUCCUCUGCAGCAGCUCGGACUCACUCUGGUCUGUGUCCUUUGCAGCAGCUCGGACUCACUCUGGUCUGUGUCCUCUGCAGCAGCUCGGACUCACUCUGGUUUGUGUCCUCUGCAGCAGCUCGGACUCACUCUGGUCUGUGUCCUCUGCAGCAGCUCGGACUCACUCUGGUCUGUGUCCUCUGCAGCAACUUGGACUCACUCUGGUCUGUGUCUUCUGAAGCAGCUCGGACUCACUCUGGUCUGUGUCCUCUGCAGCUGCUCGGACUCACUCUGGUCUGUGCCCUCUGCAGCAGCUCGGACUCACUCUGGUCUGUGUCCUCUGCAGCAGCUUGGACUCACUCUGGUCUGUGUCUUCUGA